UGCGCGCUGAAGUGAGUACGGUACUUUUUCAAUAGUAGUACAGCAACUGUUGAUUGUAUUGAAUCGCCAACCGAUAAGCUUGAAACAAUGUAUCGACCUUCCUGAUUGGUUCUGUGCCGAAAGGGGCGGGGCGAACACGGAGUAUGUACUGUACCAGGACCGUGGCUGUGUAUACACACGUGUGCGAUUAUAUAUAAUUACAUGACUAUGCAAAACAACGACAACUUUUACGUUAAGUUUUAAGCAUUUAAUAAAGAUCUGGUACUCGUUGAACACAUGGGUUGUUACACACAUAUAUAUGCCAUGUUGUUAUGAACAACUUAUAUGAUACCUUCCGUGAUUAUACAUAUCCACACUGUCGGAAAAAUCCAGACAUGAACGAAGCAGGGAAAUCCAGAGCAUCUUAAAUACUUGGCUUACAUUUCUUUUUGAAUUCGAUGAAUUCCAUAACAUCUUGAGUCACCUUUUUACUUUUCAGUGGUUUCCGUUUGACGAUGGGCGCUAAAGACUUAGUCGCAUAAAAAAUCUUCAUAAUUUUGCGACAUCCUGAUUAGACAAACCGGUCUUAUCACUGAUGGCUGAAUAUGAGAGUCCUUCUGAAUGUAGAUUAUAAACAGUUUUUUCUCGUUUUUUUAUCUUCAUUUUUCCCUCUGGUGUAAACACGGCCCUUGGAAUUUUACAUGUUUGAAGUAGUACGUUAUAUGCGUACCGUACGAGACAUUGUAUCACAACACUUACAACUGUGGUUGACGGAUUUGACCUAAUACGCUUGGAGUACACGUCCUCGCUGUUACCUUUAUGACCUAGUGACAGUGCUCUCUCUGGAAUCAUGUCCAUCAACACCGCAGGGAUUCCGAUGGGCAAGCUCAGCCCUGCCUAUCUCAACUCAAACUCAACAAGUCAUACGUUAGCUUUGAGCGCUUUUGCUGAACUAAUUGACAAUGCAUAUGACCCCGACGUGAAUGCCAAAAAACUGCAUAUUGACAAACGCCAGAUUGAUGGCGUAACGUGUCUCACCUUCGUAGAUGACGGGAAUGGCAUGGACCCAGAGACUUUACACAAUAUGAUGAGCUUUGGAUUUUCUGACAAAGAUAAGUUUGAAACCCCGCGUCACAAGGCUGUUGGACGAUAUGGUAAUGGUUUCAAGUCUGGUUCAAUGCGACUUGGUAAAGACGCCAUAGUGUUUACCCGUCGUUUGGAUACUAUGAGUGUUGGCCUACUGUCACAGACCUUUCUCAAAAACACCAAUGCAGAGGUUAUUCUUGUGCCCAUCAUUACAUGGAACCUACCGGAGAAGACCAAACAUCCUGAUCCAAGUAUGGCCGCAAGCCUAGCAGCCAUCCUACAACAUUCAAUAUUCAAAAAUGAAGACGAUUUAUUGAAAGAAUUGGCUGCUAUCGAAAAGACGGGGACAACAAUUAUGAUAUACAACUUGAAAUCAAGGUCUGAUGGUUUGUUGGAGUUGGAUUUUGAAAGCGACCCGUUCGAUAUUCGAGAUCCAGAGACACAUUUGAAAGAAGAAGCCGCGACUGUUGCUUUACACCAGAAAUCUCGGCAUAUGGUGUCACUCAAGGAAUAUUGCAAAAUAUUAUACCUGAAGCCAAAGCUGAGGAUAUGGAUACGUGGCAAGAAUGUGAAGACACUGCUUAUCCGAAAAUACCUUACGAGAUCGCAUGAAGAGAAAUACAAGCCGACGACAAUCCCACGUGCCAUUAAGAUAACAUUUGGGUUUGCUGCUAAACGUCUUGACGAUUAUGGAUUAAUGUUGUACCAUACCAACCGCCUGAUAACAGCAUACCAGAAAAUAGGAUGCCAGACUAAGUCCGAUAUCGGACAGGGUGUGAUUGCGGUGGCGGAGGCUAACCAUCUUAGACUCAAACACACCAAACAGGAGUUUGAGGAGGAUGCAGCCUACAGUACCUUAUUACAAAAUAUUUCCAAGAAGCUGAAAGAAUAUUGGAACAUUAAAACGGAGACUACUGACGACAUGGUCGAGGAACAGGAUUCUGAUGAUGCAUUCUUCAAUUGGAUUCAGUGUGAUAACUGCAAUAAAUGGCGGAAAAUGAUCAGAGCAGUACAAGUGAAAGAUUCCGAGAAAUGGUAUUGUCGCUUAAAUGAAGACCCUCAGCACAAUCGCUGCGAAAUUGGGGAAGAAGAUGAGACUGAAGAAAACGACAAGGAGGAAUCGCGAAAGUACAAGGAAUCGAAGAACAAACUUCGACUGAAACUGGCGACCUUAAGACAACAAAGUCGACAGUCAUUCACAGACAACAAUACAGGAAAUCAAGUAACUGAAGAAAGAAUUCACCCACCAGAGAGCGUACCAGAAUCAGAAGAGCAAACUUUAAUAGAACCAAUUCGACAAUCCGUCGGAAAUCAAGCACACGAAGAAAAUAUACACUCGCCUACGAACAAACUUGAAUCAGACAGACAGAUGCCAGGAACAGAAAAUCAGCCACAUUUGAGGAAUAUUACCAGAAAACGGAAUGCCAAUAAGAACGUCAGAGUAUCACCACAAGUAAAGGAUAUGAUGGACUUGUCCCCAGUAGCAACUUCUUUUGCAAGUUCUGAUCAGGAAGCAAGCACCAGCGAAAUAGACCCGCCGCCGAAACGACAAAGGACCUCUUCAAAGAGCAAGCUUUUUGGGGAGCCACAAAAGAAAAACAUUAUGCCUCUUGAUGCAGGAACACAGACCAUCGAAGUGAUCCGAAUGUGUAAUAGAGAAUGUAUGACGAACGGCGAAGAACUGUAUAGGAGGAUAGAGAACGAGAAGAAGAGAGCAGUGUUCGCCGAAAGAAAGUUGGAGACAUAUGUAACCCAAAAUGCAUCAGCUGAUGCUAAUUUGAAGGAGGCAAAAAAGCAGAUGGAAGAGGCGACCAAAAUGAUGGAGGAUUACAGAAAAAUGAACGCGUCUAAAACAAAAGUAGAUGAAGAAUUACAUAGGAAAAUGCAGAAUGAGGUGAGGAGAGCAGAUGACGCCGAAAGAAAGCUAAAGGAGGUAGCUCUAAAUGCUAGAAAACUUGAUCUUGCUGAUAGAAAGGCAAAGGACGCUGAUAAAAAAAUGGAAGAAGCUGACAAAAUGAUGUUAGAGGUGAACAGAAAAAUGAGAGAAGCUGAUGGAAAACUGGAAGAGGCUAAUAAAAAAGAACAAGAGUCAUUGAAAAACGUAGAACAUAAAGAAAGAAAGAAAGUGCUUGCUAUCAACAAAUUUCAGGAGGAAUUGGCAAGAGCAAAUCGUCUAGAAAGACGGUUAGGAGAAUUUAGAAGGAAUGUAUAUACGUUCAUGCAAAGAAAUACCAACGGUGAUAUUGGUACAGAGGAUGACGUGGAACACCUAUUAACUGCAAUUAUUCAUGAUGAUCAACCACACUGAUUUGUCUACUUAUUAUUUCAUGGAAUGAGGAUUAACAUUUAUAUACAUGUAACUGAUACCAGGAUAACAUAAAUAUUGCAUAGAAAUUUGUAAAUAUUCCUCAUUGGAUCGUAACAUGCAAUGCGAUAUUUGGAUUUUAAUCGUUAUGUCUAGGGGCCUUAUAUUCUCGGAACAGUUGAGGCUCUCUCUCCACUAUACCUGCAUAUGUGAUGUAGCUCUAUAGUGUUGACAUCAGUUCCGCACAAUCAACCGGGGACAAAAAAGACGAUACCGCAACAGGUUAGAGGCAUCCCUAAGGUCUGUCUAUCAUGGGUUAACGAUAAGACUCGUUGUAUUGGUCAAAUUCAAAAGAUUGUCUGUUAGCUAUUUUAGUCAUUUAACCAAAAAAAAAAAGAAUGUCAAUUUUGUACAACGGUAUAUGAAAUCGAGAUUGAUAAUCAAAAUGAUAAUUACUGACAUUAAUCUAAAAUUCAAGUUGAUUGCCUACUGUUCCUUCUUUCACUCUCAAAAUUUUGUAUGCAAACUGUAAAUCUAACCUUAAAGGUAAAAGAAACUCCGCUCACAAGGUUUAGAGAAAUAAUCAACUUUAAAUUUGAAAAUCCAAACCGGCUUUUUUCAGCACCAGAAGUAAACGUGCAUAACAAAGAGCAAGAUGGCAUUAAAAGAAUUGAAAAAAAAUUGCAGCAGACUGACCACGAAGUUUAUCAGAAACUGUCGAUUCAGUUAUAUGAUUUCGCUCUUUUUAUAGCCCGAACCUGCAUCUUUUGUAUCUUUUCACGGCAACAGUUUUAAAUACGUUUCGUACAUACUUUUUAGCGGAACUGCAAAAGUGAAAUGGAUUUUGAAUAGAGUACAAUUUAUUCUAACAUUGAGAUUUAUAUUUAUCACCUAAAUUCCGGGUGCUUGGUUUGCUUAUGUAUUGUCUAACGUCCUAUCAACAGCUAUUAGUUGUGAAAUACAUGCUUGUGGUGAGUGUGUGCGUGCACCGGGAACACCCUAUAUGUGGGGUUUCCUUAGUCGGCCACUUUGCUUAUUGAAUUUUAAAACCAUUUUAAGAACAAAUAGGCGGUCAUAGUUUGAGACAGAUUUGCAAAUCAGAAGUAAAUAUCGCAAAAAGAUAUAGGAAUUUUCGCUUUUUUUAGUCAGUCAAUUGAAUGAGAACCUCACAUUGAGACGACAUCGCCAAAAAGCACCGUGGCAUUUAAACACGUUACCACAUCUUCAGUAACAUCAACACUUGUUUAACGAUGAUGUACAGGGUCCCUCUGCCGUGUCAUAUAAAGUCUGAGCUCCCGGUACGUAAUUCGGCCAAAGAGAGUACGAGGAUAUGGAACAUGUCUGUUGAUGUUAAUGUUAAUGAUUGUUGAAUUUUGUUGAUACUUUCAAUUGUUAUUUUUGUAAUUCUAUCUUCUCUUGUAAUCAAUUGUUUGAUAUGUAUAGACCUUUCUAAUCAAGAGUAACGAUUAUACUGUAUCCGACUUGGGGACCAGUCAAUAGAAAUAGUGAAUCUUGUGUAGCAUCCGAAGUUCAAUACUUUCCAUUGGCAGCUAUUAAUGUACUAAUCAAGAUUAUGUUAUGUAACAAUUAAUUUGAUCAUUUAAAUGUCCAAUUAAAAUCAUCAUAUACAUGUAUAUCCAUAUUUGCAUGAACCAUUUCUUAAUUUUUUAGUUAUAUUUUAUUUAAUAUGACCGUACAUUUUGAAUCUGUAGAAUUAGUGUAUGAAAGUAUAUAUGAAAAUUCCUUAGACAAUGUCUACAGAAAAUUGAAAUCCCAUAGCCGAAGUUAUUUUUCCAUAGACCCAUUUUGUAAACAUCUUGUUGAAAGUAGCAUAACUGUCAUGCAAACACUUGCAUCAUCAAGUAAAUUAUCAUAUGGGUAAAACAAACUCUAUUGUAAGCUCUGAUUUCAUAUGAUCAUUUGUUAGAAAAUGCAUGAAUUGUAAUGUAUGUCAGGACUCAAACUUUUCAUAGCCAAUGGGGCAAACACUUUGAAAUUUUACAUAGACCUUCCAGGUUUUCAAUAGCCUCUUGCCAUUGGACCACCUUCACUUUCGAACACUGUAGAAUUUGCAUGCAUUAUUUCACUCAAUAAAACAGUAGCACAGUU